AUGGCGUCUCUGCUUAUUAAUGCUUUAAAAAAAAUUCAUAUUUCUACUCCUCAAAUAAGAUCUAGUUUCUUUUCAUCAUCAGCUCCUCGGGAAGUAUGGAUCGAAAAUAUGGACACAGUAGAAGAGAAGAAAUUGGGACUUUUUGAAUUGCAUCCUUUAGUGUAUGCUGCAACACCUCGUAUUGAUAUAAUUCAACGCAAUGUAACUUGGCAAAGGAAGUUUCGGUGGGUUUCAUGGGCUCACACUAAAACUCGAGCGGAGGUUAGAGGUGGAGGCAAAAAGCCUUGGCCACAGAAAGGACUAGGAAGAGCGCGACAUGGUUCAAUUAGAUCACCUUUGUUUCGUGGCGGUGGUGUCGCACAUGGACCAAGAGCAGGAAAAACACACUUUUUCAUGUUACCAUUUCAUUUGCGGAUUCACGGCCUCACAUCUACAUUAUCUGCAAAGUUGGCUCAAGAUGACUUACAUGUUGUUAAAGAUUUAGAAUUACCUUCCGAUGAGCCAGAAUACUUAAUUGACCUUAUUGAGUCAAGAAAUUGGGGUCCAUCUGUACUUAUUGUUGAUGAUACUGAUUAUGCACCAAGAAAUUUAACAGUAGCAAGUGAUAGUUUACCACAUGUUAACAUUAUGCCAGUGUAUGGUCUCAAUGUUUAUUCAAUGUUGAAACAUGAUACACUCAUACUGACUCAGUCUGCCGCUGAAAAGAUUGAAGGAAGAAUACUUCACCUCUUGCAUUCUGAUACUAAAAAGCAACAGGCUGAAUUCAAACUUGAUCAAGUAUAA